GUUGGUGUAGGAACGACAGUAGGUGCGGUUAAGCGGCGGAGCGGCUGUGUGUUGUGGACGUUUCGGAAAUUUUGCUGAAAAAUCCACUGAUAUAUCCGUUUUUCAGGGGAGGAAAGGAGUCAGAAGCGAACGCGAAGCGAUUUCUAGCAGCUAAGACGACCAAUUCGAUAUUAUUGUUUUUACAUAACACGCUUUUCGCGGGGCAGCAGGGGACUCCUGCCACCGUGUUCUUCGGGUGUUUAGUAAGGCCAGCUAAAUUGAAUUACCGGGAAGUUAAUUUCUCUGUUUUUCACUGAUAAUGAAUGUUGCUUUCGAGUCCGUCCAGGAGUUUUAGUUCAUGMGCAUUCUUAUAGGCUCUUUUCGUCAUUCAGAAAAACAAGUUAUACAACAAACCAGGCUACGGCAUCCCGGCCUCCGAGGUCCUAAAGCCCGCAGUGUUCGCGUUCACGGUGCUGCGGAGCGCGCGCAGUCUCGUGCCCAAAUGGUUCAGCAACCAGCUGUCAAUCAAUAUAUCGACAUAAUGGAAAAGGCUCUGUUAGAGCAAGGCUAAUUUUAAAGCUGAACCUUAUUUUUUUAUCCCAGGAUUUACACAAAAAGCGAGUUGAAUCAUUUCUUUGCACUUGUUUCCUUUGUAUUUUCCCCCUCUUUUUUUUUUUUUUUUGGACAUUUCAAAGCGUCAAACUAGUCCCUGAGUCGAGCGAGAAACAACAAAGAGACUAUUUUAUAAUUUUAAAAAAAGAACAAAGGACUUAUCCACUUGAGUGAUGGUCAUUAAUACGAUCCACUGGUUUCGGAAGGGCUUGCGGCUCCACGACAACCCGUCGCUCAGAGAAUCCCUGCAGGGAGCGGACACAGUCCGCUGCGUCUACAUCCUCGACCCCUGGUUCGCUGGGUCUUCUAACGUCGGGAUCAACAGGUGGAGGUUCUUGCUGCAGAGUCUUGAGGAUUUGGACUCCAGCCUCCGUAAGCUCAACUCUCGUCUGUUUGUGAUUCGAGGCCAACCCACAGAUGUCUUUCCCAGYCUUUUCAAGGAGUGGAAGAUCAGUCGUUUGUCUUACGAGUACGACUCUGAGCCCUURGGGAAAGAGAGAGAUGCUGCCAUUAAGAAGCUGGCCUCUGAGGCUGGAGUGGAGGUGACUGUUCGCAUCUCCCACACCCUCUAUGACCUGGACAAGAUCAUAGAGUUAAAUGGGGGUCAGUCCCCCCUCACCUACAAGCGGUUCCAGACCCUCAUCAGUCGUAUGGAUCCAGUGGAAAUGCCUGCAGAGUCCAUUACAGCUGAGAUCAUGGGGAAAUGCAGUACACCCCUGUCUGAAGACCACGAUGACAAGUUUGGGGUUCCAUCGCUGGAAGAACUGGGUUUUGACACCGAGGGUCUGUCCUCAGCUGUGUGGCCCGGAGGAGAAACUGAAGCUCUCACACGACUCGAGAGACAUUUGGAAAGAAAGGCGUGGGUGGCCAACUUCGAGCGUCCCAGGAUGAACGCCAACUCGCUGCUCGCCAGCCCUACAGGCCUGAGCCCGUACCUGCGCUUCGGCUGCCUCUCCUGUCGCCUCUUCUACUUCAAACUCACCGACCUCUACAGGAAGGUGAAGAAGAACAGCUCCCCUCCCCUGUCGCUCUAUGGCCAGCUGCUGUGGCGUGAGUUCUUUUACACCACGGCCACCAACAACCCCUGCUUCGACAAGAUGGAGAGUAACCCCAUCUGCGUCCAGAUCCCGUGGGACCGAAACCCCGAGGCGCUAGCCAAGUGGGCCGAGGGCCAGACCGGCUUCCCGUGGAUCGAUGCCAUCAUGACUCAGCUGCGGCAGGAGGGCUGGAUCCACCACCUGGCCAGGCACGCCGUGGCCUGUUUCCUGACGAGAGGAGACCUGUGGGUCAGCUGGGAGGAGGGCAUGAAGGUGUUUGAGGAGCUGCUGUUGGAUGCAGACUGGAGCGUGAACGCAGGCAGCUGGAUGUGGCUGUCCUGCAGCUCCUUCUUCCAGCAGUUCUUCCACUGCUACUGRCCAGUCGGCUUUGGCCGGCGCACUGACCCUAAUGGAGAUUACAUACGACGCUACCUGCCCAUUCUGCGGGGAUUUCCAGCUAAGUAUAUUUACGACCCGUGGAACGCUCCAGAGGCGGUGCAGAAAGCUGCCAAAUGUAUUGUUGGUGUCCAUUAUCCAAAACCAAUGGUGAACCACGCCGAGGCCAGCUGUAUCAACAUCGAGCGAAUGAAACAGAUCUACCAGCAGCUCUCCUGUUACAGAGGCCUGGGUCUUUUGGCGACAGUUCCGUCCAACUCUAAUGGUAACGGAAACAAUGAGGCUUCCUCAGAUGGGAUGGGAUUCCCUGCUGAAGUGUCACAAAAGUCUGCAGCUCCAACUGCCUACCAGAUGCCUGUUCAUCCACAAGGAGACUGGCAAAGUGGAGUCAUGAUGUACAUUCAGAGCGAUCCACAAAACAAUGCUGUCACUCCUCAGCAGGUUCCAGGUUAUGCUGCAGGUACAAGUAUGAUGUGUUACACACAAAACAGCCAGCAGAUUCAAGCUCCUGUCAUCCAGAAAGGCCCUGAACACCACCUCGCCACACAGACCAGUGGGAAAAGACACAAUGAGGACUCUGGGAACGGCAGGGGAUCCAAAGUCCAGAGACAGAGCAACCACUGAUGUGGUCCUGCACAGCACCCAUCACACCAAAAACCAAAACAGGCACUAAAACGUUUGCUCCAGCACCGUGUUGCAUGAACGCACCUUCAGAUUGAACACCCUAACCGUCCCCAUCACCAAAUGUUUUUAACUCUCAAGUAAACGGACUGUAAAUUAUCCCGAGGACUGCACAUCCCAGGCAGUGCUGACGAGACUGAAGCAGCUGUUUGACCGUGCUUCUCUUUGGGUUAUAACAUUGGGACAAACAUCCUUUUUUGUAUAUAAUGAUUUUGCUAAUUGCAGCUCAAACACAACUUGUACAUAUUUUGAUUUGAUGUGUUUUCUCUCUGCAUAGCCAUAGACCCGUUGAUAUAUUUUUGAUAUGAGGAAAAUGUGAAAGGAUUAUUUCUUUUUUUGUCGGGGAGGGGGGCCAAUUUUCAACAAAAACAAACAAAAGACAAAAACAUUUGCAGAAUAUCUGUACAUUAAAACAAAAAAGCAGAGAAAGCUUCUUGUCUGUGCUAGUACAACCAUAUGCCUGCAAUUUUUUUCCUACAUUAGUUUUUAAGCCACCUGAUGUAUACUUAUUAACACAAAUGUUUUGAUCGUUCUCUGUCAUUACGUGUGAACGUGUCUCAUUCCUUAUCAGGUCAUAUGACAUCCUUUUGUUGCCUGUGUUUGUUAUGCUUCAUUAGAAUGAGAGGAAUAGAGGCUUCACAUCAUGGUGCCCCCUGUAAACUCCUGAUUAAUAAAUGUACAAACUGAA